CAGCACUGUACGACUAGUUUCAGCUUAGUAGUGCUUUAGCAGUGAGACCGGUUAAUUCGAAGUGUGUGUAAUUGCGUAGUUUUGAGUAAAAUUUAAAAUUUGCUAAAAAAAUUGUAAUUUCUAACCGUUGCGGCAUUAAAACCUAAACGGAGUAUAUUUUUUUUAAAUUACCAUUAAAAUUUAAAAAGAACAAACAAAAAAAUAUAAAAUGGCUGCUAAACGUAUUGCUCUUCUUAGCGUUUCGGAUAAAACCGGUUUAGUUGAUUUUGGUAAAACCUUAAAUAGUUUGGGUUACCAAUUGGUGGCUAGUGGUGGCACUGCUACUGCUCUACGCAAUGCUGGUCUUAGCGUUAAGGAUGUCUCUGACAUAACCGGUGCUCCCGAAAUGUUGGGUGGCCGUGUCAAGACCCUUCAUCCUGCUGUGCACGGUGGCAUCUUAGCUCGUGUUACUCCCUCCGAUCAGGCUGAUAUGGAAAAGCAAAAAUUCGAUUAUAUUAGUGUGGUAGUGUGUAAUUUGUACCCCUUCGUUAACACUGUUUCCAAACCCGAUGUUACUGUGGCCGAUGCUGUUGAGAACAUCGAUAUUGGUGGUGUUACUCUCUUGAGAGCUGCUGCUAAAAAUCACGAUCGUGUAACUGUCAUCUGUGAAGCUGAAGAUUAUGCCAAGGUUGUUGCCGAAAUUCAACAAAAUGGUGAUACCUCUUUGGAAACCCGCAAACUUUUGGCUUUGAAAGCGUUUACCCAUACCGCCACCUACGAUGAUGCCAUUUCCGACUAUUUCCGUAAACAAUAUUCGAAUGGUGUUUCCCAACUUAACUUGAGAUACGGUAUGAAUCCCCAUCAAAAGCCUGCACAAAUUUUCACACAAUUGGAGAAGUUACCUUUGCGUGUGGUAAAUGCUGCACCUGGUUUUAUCAAUCUCUGUGAUGCUUUGAACGGUUGGCAAUUGGUUAGAGAAUUGAAAAAGGCUUUGGGUUUACCAGCUGCCACUAGUUUCAAGCACGUUUCUCCCGCUGGCGCCGCUGUGGGUAAUCCUUUGAGCCGCGAACAAGCUAAAUUAUGUAUGGUUGAUGAUUUGUACGACUCUUUGACCCCACUAGCCACAGCCUACGCUAGAGCUAGAGGUGCUGAUCGUAUGUCAUCUUUCGGGGAUUUUGUUGCUCUUUCCGAUGUAUGUGAUGUUGUUACUGCUAAGAUCAUCUCCCGCGAGGUGUCUGAUGGCAUUAUUGCUCCUGGUUAUGAACCUGCUGCUUUGGAAAUCUUAAAGAAAAAGAAAAAUGGUUCUUACUGUAUUUUGGAGAUGGAUCCCUCGUAUGAACCUUCUGCUUUGGAACGCAAAACCAUUUUCGGUUUGACUUUGGAACAAAAGCGCAACGAUGCCGUUAUAGAACCUUCACUUUUCACAAAUGUUGUUACUAAAAACAACAAGUUACCCGAAGCCGCUGUACGCGAUUUGAUAGUCGCCACCAUUGCCUUGAAAUUCACUCAAAGUAAUUCGGUUUGUUAUGCUCGUGACGGUCAAGUUAUUGGUAUUGGUGCUGGUCAACAAUCUCGUAUUCACUGCACACGUUUGGCUGGUGAAAAGGCUGAUAACUGGUGGUUGAGACAACAUCCUCGUGUUGCUGGCAUGAAAUUCAAGGCUGGUGUUAAGCGCGCUGAAAUCUCAAAUGCCAUUGAUAACUUUGUUAAUGGUACCGUAGGCAAGGAUAUGCCUUUGGCUCAAUUCGAAGCCAUGUAUGAAGAAGUCCCAGCUCAAUUUACUGCAGAAGAGAAAUCUGCCUGGCUUAAGGAGUUGAAAGGCGUUGCCUUGGGUUCUGAUGCUUUCUUCCCAUUCAGAGAUAACAUUGAUCGUGCUCACUUGAGUGGCGUUUCCUAUAUUGCCAGUCCGUCUGGUUCUACCAAUGAUGCUGGUGUCAUUGCUGCUUGUGAUGAACAUGGCAUUAUUAUGGCUCACACUAAUUUGCGUUUGUUCCAUCAUUAAUUUUAUUUGUUUUUAUUUCUUGUUCGCUCAAAUCUUUUCGUUUAGUUUUAAGUAAAUUCAUCUCUGAGAUUUAUAUUCAGUAAAAAGACAAUAAUAAAAUAUUUUAAUAUAAA